GUGGUUUAGAAAUUUCCCCAAAUUAAAAACCCUAGAAUCAUGCCCCCAAGGAAAGAACUCUGCAGGAAUUUUCAGCGUGGCAGCUAGUGCGUAGUCUGAUAUUGUACAAGGGUGGGGUUUUUUUGGCAUCUACAUGGCACUGGAAUUAGAGCUGUUAAACAAAUCAAAAAGUUCAUGGCCAAACUCGAGUUCGAGAAUUAAUAUUCAUGUAAACAAGCCAAGCUCGAGUUAAAGCUCGGUUAGUAGUUGCCAGUAUGGAGAUCGAUGUAAAUUUCUUCAUGCCACAUCACAACAACCAAAAGGUAAUCCUUUCGGAUUUGGUGUGCAAAGUAGCAAUCCGUUUCAACGAACACCUCAGCAGCAACAGAUGCCCAAUCCGUUCGGGUUUGGAGUUCAAAACAAUGCUCAAUCAAGAGGUGGCAAUGAGUUUGGAUCAAAACCAAAUCAAUUCAAGCCUUUCGAGAAUAAAUGGACACGGAAUACCGGUAGUGGAUUUGCUUCCCGGCCGUCUGACAAGCAGCCACAAGCUGCCGAUCAUAAGUGCACGGAUCCCGAUUCUUGCAAACGAAUCAUAGUCGAAGAUCUUGAAAAUGAGAAGCCCCUGUGGAAGCUUACUUGCUACGGUCAUGAUCGAUACGCUCCUUGUGACGUCGUUGGUGAUAUUAGCUGCGAAGAGUUGCGUGCAUUAGCUUACGAGGAUGCCAAGAAUGGGAAAAGCUUGCAGUUCAUUAUUGAAAGAGAGAGGAAUCUGCUAGCUUCCAAGUUAGCUGAAUUCCAGAACCUGCUACAGAAACCUUACGUCAUUCCUACAAUGGCUGCUCCCGCCGCUCAGAAUCCAUUUAGUGUCGCCAAUUCAAGCACCCCUACAAUCAACAGCGGCGUUCCUUCUUCAGUUUCAAGUUUUAGUCACGUGAAUGCCUCCCUAAAUACAAGCCCCGCCGCCGCCCCUAGUUACACCUUCGGUCAGCCAACUGCCCCCCAGAGUAAUAACAGCAACAAUCAGCCAUUCAACAUGUUCCAGGCGAUGAAUUCGUCGAUCAACAAUCCAGGAAAGUUCGGUAAUCAACCUCCUCAACAACCCGUUCAAAAUCCAUUCUCCUUUGGCUCGGCCCGCGCCAACAACAGUGCUACAAGUAAUCCCUUCUCGAAUUUCGCCAAUUCGUCGCAGACAGAGAAGAUGUUCGACAAACCCUUUGACCUUUCCAUUACGGGAACAAAUUCAGCUUUAAAUCCUGCCGGGAAUUCUAGCAUCAGUGCCGUGUCGCUUAACACGCAAAAUGAAAACCCGAACAUCGAUGCUGGGAUUUGGGCAAAAGCUGAGUGGAAAUGGAAUGCCGGCGAGAUUCCCGAAGAUCCGCCUCCGGAUAUCUAUAUCCGCUAGAUCCCUCAUUGCAGCCGAACUCCAUCCAUUAUAUUCACUUCAAAGUUUCCUUGACAACCGGCAUUGUCCAAGCUCUUCUAGUGAACACUGGUAUGUCUUCUUGUCGACUAAAUUUAUUUUUUCGAGCUUCCUUUGAGAGGUGGCCAUUGUGAAUUAUAUAGGGUGUGUUAUUUUUCCUUUUUGCAUUUUAUUGUGAUAUUUUGUAUAAAAAAUUAAUAUUACUUCCGUUGUCUAUUGUAGUAUCAUUUAUCUUUUUGGGAUUAAAAGAUAUUUUUAGUUAAUUUUUUACACUCCGGUCGAACGUAAUAUCCUGUAAAUUAGGUUCGACAAAGCAAGUCAUAUUAGGCGAAUCAUGUACGACAGGUUGAACUCAUGACCUCACGGUCAUUGGAAGUAUUAGGGUUUGAGCCCAUGAUCUUACGGUCACAAGUU